CAAAAUCAAUAAGCAUUCCAGUUCAAAGCAAGUCAAGGCACCUGCACCGCUUUAUCCUACGCACCAUCUUCCUUAUCCUGCGCAUAUCCGGCGAGAUCUUCAACUGCAUCCUCUUCCUUCUCAGCUGCACAGCUUCCCUAUUUCGAUUCCAGCAGGAGGAAUCAUGAGUUGUUUCAGCUGUUGUGAAGGCGAUGACUUGCACAAUACUACUGAUAGUGGAGCGCCGUUUGCUGUGAAAAAUUCAGCAGGAAACGAUGGAAAUCAUCAUGCUUCAGAAACUGCAAAGCAGGGUGCUCAAACUGUUAAAGUUCAGCCCAUUGAAGUUCCUGCUAUACCAGUGGAUGAACUAAAAGAAAUUACAGAUAACUUUGGGGAAAAUGCUCUGAUUGGAGAGGGUUCCUAUGGAAGAGUAUAUCAUGGUGUUCUUAAAAGUGGGCAGACUGCCGCAAUAAAGAAGUUAGAUGCCAGUAAACAGCCUGACGAUGAAUUUUUAGCCCAGGUUUCAAUGGUUUCACGGUUGAAGCAUGACAAUUUUGUUCAAUUGCUUGGUUAUUGUGUUGAUGGAAACUCCCGUGUUCUUGCUUAUGAGUAUGCAUCUAAUGGGUCUCUGCAUGAUAUUCUACACGGCAGAAAAGGUGUUAAAGGAGCAAAACCUGGUCCUGUUUUGACCUGGGCACAGAGAGUUAAAAUUGCUGUAGGGGCUGCAAAAGGGCUUGAGUACUUGCAUGAGAAGGCUGAUCCUCACAUUAUCCACCGGGAUAUCAAGUCAAGCAAUGUUCUAAUAUUUGAUGAUGAUGUUGCAAAAAUUGCAGAUUUUGAUUUGUCAAAUCAGGCCCCUGACAUGGCAGCACGUCUUCAUUCCACUCGUGUCCUUGGAACCUUCGGUUAUCAUGCACCAGAAUAUGCAAUGACUGGGCAAUUGAAUGCUAAGAGUGAUGUAUACAGUUUUGGUGUUGUCCUUCUGGAGCUUUUGACAGGAAGAAAACCCGUUGAUCAUACAUUACCACGUGGGCAGCAGAGCCUAGUUACUUGGGCUACUCCAAAACUCAGUGAGGAUAAAGUCAGGCAGUGUGUAGAUGCAAGACUAGGAGGAGAAUACCCCCCCAAAGCUGUUGCUAAGUUGGCUGCUGUUGCUGCAUUGUGUGUGCAAUACGAAGCUGAUUUCAGACCAAACAUGAGCAUUGUAGUCAAAGCUCUGCAACCUUUGUUGAAUGCACGACCUGGCCCUGCUGGUGAAACACCAAACUAAACUGUCUAUAUCUCUUUGUACCUCUAUCUGUGAGUAUGUGCACAUUUGCUUGCAAAAUAUAAGAAAAAGACUGGUUCAGAAGCUGAUGGUAAAUUUCUCGAACAACAAACAUGAUUCCCAUUGUUUACACUGCAUUCAUUUUGUUCAUAAUCCAUGAGGGUUUUUUGAGGUA